UAACGGGAAGUAAAGUCGGCUGCUUAAUCUCUCAUUGGGAAAAAGGGUGAAAGGCGAGACGGAGACGAAAACGUUCAUAUUUGUCUUCGCCUCCAGCCAACAUGAUCCACAGCCUGUUCCUCGUGAACGCCUCCGGAGACAUUUUCCUGGAGAAGCACUGGAAGAGCGUGGUCAGCCGCUCCGUGUGCGACUACUUCUUUGAGGCGCAGGAACGCGCCACUGAGCCGGAGAACGUCCCGCCGGUGAUACCCACACCCCAUCACUACCUUAUCAGUGUGCUCCGGCAUCGGAUCUACUUUGUCGCGGUCAUCCAGAGUGAGGUGCCGCCGCUGUUCGUCAUCGAGUUUCUGCACAGAGUCGUUGACACGUUCCAGGACUAUUUUGGAGUGUGUACAGAGGUUUCUAUUAAGGACAAUGUGGUAGUGGUCUAUGAACUACUGGAGGAGAUGCUGGACAAUGGCUUUCCGCUGGCCACAGAGUCCAACAUCCUAAAAGAGCUCAUAAAGCCUCCCACCAUCCUCCGCACGAUGGUCAACACCAUCACAGGCAGCACUAAUGUUGGUGAACAGCUCCCGACAGGCCAGCUGUCAGUGGUGCCAUGGCGACGCACCGGAGUCAAAUACACCAACAAUGAGGCCUAUUUUGACGUGGUGGAGGAGAUUGAUGCUAUCAUCGAUAAAUCCGGCUCCACAAUUACAGCCGAAAUUCAGGGAGUUAUUGAUGCCUGUGUGAAACUGACGGGCAUGCCCGACCUCACUCUCUCUUUUAUAAAUCCUCGGCUGCUGGAUGAUGUCAGCUUCCACCCGUGUGUUCGGUACAAGCGCUGGGAAGCUGAGCGGAUCCUCUCCUUCAUUCCCCCCGACGGGAACUUCCGGUUGCUCUCCUACCACGUCAGCUCCCAGAACCUGGUGGCGAUCCCAUUGUACGUCAAGCACAACAUCUCCUUCCAAGAGGGAAGCUCCCAAGGACACUUUGACUUGACUCUGGGACCCAAACAGACCAUGGGCAAGGCCGUGGAGGCGGUGCUAGUCAGCAGCCAGCUGCCCCGGGGCGUCCUGACCGCCAACCUCAACUCUUCCCAGGGAACAUACACUUUUGAUCCAGUCACAAAGAUGUUGACAUGGGAUGUUGGCAAGAUCAACCCACAGAAGCUUCCCAGUCUUAAAGGCACCAUGACCAUGCAGGCCGGGGCCUCCAAACCUGAGGAGAACCCCACCAUCAACAUCCAGUUCAAGACUCAACAGAUGGCCAUUUCAGGGCUGAAGGUGAACCGGCUGGACAUGUACGGGGAGAAGUACAAACCUUUUAAAGGCAUCAAAUACAUGACGAAGGCUGGCAAGUUCCAGGUGCGGACAUAAAGACUACAGCUCUGACCUCUGGACCAAACCACCACGAGACUGAGGGGGUGGUGGGGAAAAGGGGAGGUGGUACAUUCCCUGUGUAUAUGCAUUUCAGGAUUUUACAACAAGGAGGCUCCAUGUAGCAGAACGGACCGCUGCACAUGGAAACCUCCGAGAGUUUGAACCUCGGGCCAAACCCAACUCUCCUCAAUUAGAUUUCCACUCAUCAUUUUAAAUCUUGAGCCAAAAUCAACCCCCAAAGCAGUUCCGGGAGACGUUUUUUGACGGUUUGUGUUUUAAGGCAGGCUUCAUCAUGUUCAAACAUUUCAAACUCUUCCCUAUCAACGGGCUGAAAGUUGCCGCUGUUCGGUUCCAGCUGUAUGUAUCCUCCACCUCUCCACAGCGUAUCUCAUUGUCGACGGCAUGUGUGGCUGGAGAGUUGUGGGCGCUUGUGACUGUUUUCACACUCCAAAUCAAGAUGUGUGGGAUGUCGGAUCAACACUAUAUCAGAAUAGAGCUUCUCCUUUCAUAAAUUGAGAUGUCGUGAGCUGCGUGGAAUGGCAGAAAGGACCUCUCGGAUCAAAACAAUAGCAUUGUCUUGCAGGACAUUAGUACCCCGAGACUGAGGGAAGGAACUAGUGGGAGUGGAUAUGCUGUUAAAGGCUCGACUGUAAAUACAAAUAUAUAUAAAUCAGUAUCAUAUUCUAGAAAAAACGCUAAAUUAAAGCAAAAAAUUAACCUUUUGUUCACACAACUUGUUCCCAAAUGUAACAGAACGUGGUCCUCUGCUGAUCCUUAUUAAAGAGUCCUCAUUGCAACCUACCAAUGAAAACUGAUUUCACUGUAUUUCCUUUCAUACUUCCUCCUCUCCUGUUUUUCUAACUUUUUUUGUCAGUUUUCAUAUCGGCGUUCAUCUGUUUUUACGUUUGCGUUCCUGUUGCUCUGUUCUUGUGCUCCUCUUCUCCUCCUUUCAAGACGUUGAUCAUUUGCUCUGCACCCUGACAUGUGACAGCGCAGCCAUCCUCUUGUGCACGCCAGCUUCCGCUCCGACUUACUUUUCCUUUUUAAUUAAUGCAAGUGAGAUGGAUGUGACUGAAUCUCUUUUAGCUAUUUAUUACGGUUUCUGGGAGAAUUUCAGGUGCACGUGUUGUAUUGUGCUUUAAUUAUUAUUUAUUAAUCAAAGGGUCCAUCUGCUAAAGUAAUGUCUUGCGGUGUUUCUUGUUUCAUCAGUCCUUCAUCUCCACAGAGGCUUGUCAUGUUGUGACCAGACGGUAUCGUUGUUUUGUUCUCGACGUGUAUAAACGUGGCCGAGAAUGAUCCGUUUAAUCCCGUCAACGUGGUUAACGCGAUGGUCCAGAAAUAAUUUUCUCAGUGCAUCAAUUGAAAACAUCUCAAAAUACACAGAAUGUAUUACACUGUGUUUUGCGGUAUAGUCGCCGGGUACCUCAGAAGAAAUGUUGACGGUUUGUGUUUCCAGCAUUUUGUUUGUGUGUUUGUCAGACGGCCUCCAGUGGAGCGUCACACUGGUGGAAAAUAAAGAUUUGAUGUGUGAUAACUGA